UCCACUGAGGGACUGGGAGAGAGGGAUGAUGUCACCUCUAGUCGUCAGCGAAUCAGUGCGAGGGAGGGAGAGGGCUGGGGGGGCGGAGGAGAGACCGAGAAGGAGUGUUUUCCUCCUAUCACUGCCGCAUCAAUAGAGUGGUGGUGGUGGCGGCGGCGAAGGAGGCGCAAAACCGUCCGCGGAGGAAGAGCAGAGAAGAGAAGAGCAGAGCAGAGAAAAGCGGAGCGGAGCCUCGCACUGCGUUCUUUACCUCACCUGCUGCUACGCGUGAGUGGAGACAGCAGGAGGGCGUGCACCCGAGCAGCGCCAGCGAGCGAGAGGCCAGGGAGGGACCCUGCAUGCUGGACACACUUUGUCCCUGCGGGAAUCUGCCGACGCUCCGCACUGCGGGGGGAACCGAGGCGCGGACGCCCAAGGCCGCGGACCAGGUGCUGCCCGUUCCCCGGAGAAACCGCACAGCCGGUCGUGCGUGCCUGUGCCUUUCAGCAGGUGCGCAACCUUGAUGGAACAGUGAGCCAUGCCUUCCACGCACCGUCAGCGGUUCGGCAGAAGGGGGCGCUGCCGCCCUCUCCCGCCGCGCCUCGCUCUCCUGCUCCUGACUGUCGCUCUGGGACCCGGCCAAGCUGCCAUAAGAAUCCCUGCUGGAUACCAAGUGGGCGAAUUCAAGCAGCCCCCCGAGAUCACAGUGCAGCCUGUGUCCGUCACUGCCUUCACUGCCGAUGACAUCAGCCUCACCUGCGAAGCCUCUGGGAACCCUGCCCCCAGUUUUCGCUGGGUCAAGGAUGGAGAGGAGUUCGACCCCACAAGUGACCCCCAACUGUCGACGUCAGCAGAUUCUGGAUCCUUCUCUGCGUCUGGCAACGACCCCAUUGGCGAAUAUCAGGGCAAAUACAGCUGCUACGCCUACAACGGCCUCGGCACCGCGGUCUCUAAUGAGGUUCAGAUAAUAAUAGAAAAUACCCCGAAAUACGUCAAAGAAAAGAAGGUGACGAGGAAAGUUGAGGAAGGCGAGAGCGUGGUGUUGAAGUGCAACCCCCCCAGCAGCACGGUGGCCCCCUUCAUCCACUGGAUGGACAGAAAUCUUCGGCACUUUGAGCAGAGCGAGCGGGUUACGCAGGGUCGAGAUGGGAACCUCUACUUUGCCAACGUGUUCGCCAGCGAUGGCCGGGACGACUACACCUGCCACGCCCAGUACAUCAGUGCCAGGACCAUCCUCCCCAAGGAGCCCAUCUCCCUCACUGUGACCACCUCAAACUCAGUGCUGCGGAACCGGAGGCCCCAGAUGAUGCAUCCCUCUGGUGCUCACAGCUCCUAUCUGGCGCUUCGCGGCAGCACUCUGGAGCUGGAGUGUAUCCCAGAGGGCCUCCCCACUCCCACAAUCCAGUGGGUCAGGAGGGACGGGGUCCUGUCUGAGUCGCGGACAUCCAGGCAGAACUUUGAGCGAGUACUGCGCUUCACCAACAUCUCUGAGACCGACAGUGGGGAGUACCAGUGCAUGGCUUCGAACAGCCAGGGCGUUGUGGUGCACACCUACACGGUCACUGUGGAGGCGGCUCCUUACUGGACAAAGAGCCCCGAAAGCCAGCUCUACGCCCCAGGAGAGACUGUGCGUCUGGACUGCCAAGCAGAUGGCAUUCCCACACCCACCAUCACCUGGAGCCUCAACGGCAGUCCCAUCUCAAGUGUUGACCCAGAUCCCAGGCGCCGUGCGGAGGGAGGGACUAUGGUAAUGGAAGACGUACAGCCUGGAGACACCGCGGUGUAUCAAUGUUUGGCCUCGAACAAGCAUGGCACUGCAUUGUUCAACACCUACGUGUAUAUCAUCGAGUUGCCGCCGCAGAUGCUGACGGAGGAUGCUAAGGUGUACACAGUGGUGGAGGGACAGAGGGCUCUGCUCAGCUGCGAAACGUUCGGCUCUCCCAAGCCAAAGAUCACGUGGGAGGGCGAGAGCUCGGACACACUGCUGAGUGACCCCAGGGUAUCCCAGCUGGCCAACGGGACGCUGCAGAUCGCGAGCAUCGCGCAAGAGGAUGCCGGCCUGUACACCUGCUCGGUGCCCGGUGCCAACCUGUCCAUCACUGCCGAGCUGGACGUGCUGAACAAGACAGCGAUCAUAUCGCCGCCCGAAUACCUGCGAGUCCAGAGGGGAAAGUCGGGCUUCUUCACCUGCCAAGCGGUUGUGGACCCCAAACUGUACCCCCCCGUCAUUCAGUGGAGGAUGAACAGGAAGAAGAUCUUUGAAUCGCCCUAUAAUGACAAGUACACGCUGGAUGGCUCCACCCUUGCGGUCUCUGACGUCCAGUCGGAGGACGAGGGGAUGUACACGUGUGAGGUCAUAACCCGCCUGGACAUGGCUCAUGCCAGCGGCUACAUUACCAUCAUAGACAAACCAGACCCUCCCACGCUCCUGCAACUGUCGGCGCCGAAAGAUCGCAGCCUGAUGCUCAGCUGGAGCCCUGAAGAUGACCACAACAGCCCCAUUCUGGAGUUUGUGGUCGAAUACGAGGAGCAGCAGUUUGGGAAGGGUGAAUGGAUAGAGGUUGCACGCGUCACUGGAGAAGUUAAUCACGUCACCGCCCCGCUUCGGCCCUUCGGCACCUACAGCUUCCGAGUCACAGCCAUCAACGAGCUGGGAAAGAGCAAACCCAGCAGUCCCUCCGCCUUGCACAGCACCCCCCCUGCUGCACCAGACAUGAAUCCUGAGGACGUGAGGAGUGAGUCAACUGAGCCUGGCACCUUGGUGAUCAUGUGGGAGGAGAUGGAUCAGCAGAACUUCAAUGGCCCCGGGUUCCAGUAUAAAGUGAUGUGGAGGCAGUCAAUUGGCCAGGGGCCGCAGUGGCACCAUAACUACACCUCCUCUCCGCCUUUCAUCGUCAUGGAAGCAGGCACCUUCAUACCAUUUGAGAUCAAAGUGCAGGCGGUCAAUGACCUGGGGGAGGGCCCCGAACCCGAGCCUGAGAUCGGAUAUUCUGGAGAAGACACUCCUUUGGAGGCUCCUGUGGGUGUCGGGGUGGAGGUGAUCAACAGCACUGCCAUCAAGGUGAAGUGGGCUCCAGUGAGCAAGGACACUGUGCGAGGACAUUUGCUCGGGUACAAGGUUCAUCUGAAGAGGCUGGGUCCUGGGAACAGGCGAGGCCGCCGGAAACGGGGCAGGAAUGAAAGGGAGGGAGAGAGGAGCGACUCGGUCACUGUGGAGACCGGGGCCAAUGAGGAGAAGAAGGUGCUGGGAGGCCUGCAGCCGUACUCCCGUUACGCCGUGUCUGUGACGGUCUUCAACAGCAAAGGGGAAGGGCCGCCCUCUGAGCCCAUCUCUUUCGACACCCCAGAGGGAGUGCCGAGUCAUCCCACCUCCCUGCACCUGGAGAGCCCCUCGGAGACGGAGCUGACCCUCCACUGGACCCCGCCUUCACAGCCCAACGGAGUCCUCACUGGAUACCUACUGCAGUACCAGCAGAUUACAGACAGCGAAGACAGCCCCAUGCAGGUGGAGACCAUUGACGACAGCAGUGCCUCUCAGUUCACAGUGAAGCAGCUGGAUCCCCAGAGCCGCUACCGGUUCUACCUGCGAGGACGGACCUCAGCAGGUGAUGGGGAAGCCAUCAUUAAGGAAGGUGCCACAAUGCUGGAUGGAGCUCCUCCCUCCAACAUUAGCAUGUCCGUUGGUGAAACGUCCGUCAAUCUCAGCUGGGUGUCUGGCGACCGACACAGAAACGUUGCCUUCCACAUUCAUUACCUCAGCAAAAAUGGUGGAGGUCAGUGGAAAGUGUCAGAGAAGCUAAAUUCCACUCAGUCCUUCUAUCAGCUCCAGGGUCUACAGCCGGGAUCUCAAUAUCGACUACAAUUCAUCUUCAGCAACAAUACCUUCUGGGAGACUGACAUUCAGACCCAAGGAGAAGGAAUGCUGGAGCUGAAAGAGGGCUUCGCCACUCAGGGCUGGUUUAUUGGGCUCAUCAGUGCUAUCAUGGUUCUUCUGUUGGUAUUGCUCAUUCUCUGCAUCAUCAAAAGGACCAAGGGGGGCAAGUAUUCAGUGAAGGAUAAGGAAGAGGGCCAGGUGGAUUCUGAAGCUCGUCCAAUGAAGGAUGAGGCGUUCGGAGAGUACAGAUCUCUUGAAAGUGACAACGAAGAGAAAGGGACCACUAGUCAGCCAUCGCUCUGCGAGGACAGCAAACUGGGAAGUCAAGGCAGCCUGGCGAGGUUAGCAGAAGCGGUCGAUGGCAACCAGGACUCCCUCCUUGUCGUUCAGCUGGAUGGUAAAAUGGAUAUUCCUGGCCCUGGGGAUCAGGAGGCCUUGGCAGCAACUUCACCUGUCAAUCCUUCUGAAGACCCCCCAGGCAACCCAACUACUCCCAACUCCAUCACUGGAAUCCUGGACUGAGGGAGCGAGACCGUCCGACAGCCUGACGCACCCAAGCACUGACACCCCCAAGUCACGACAAAGCCGCCACUGUCACACUGACUCUUGCUGUCAUGCAAAGACCUGAUAGAAACACCCACUGCCUGACUAUUACCUUGCCAUAAUCACCCACUGGUUCAUUGUUACCAUCUAAGACUGACAAAUACCCCAAAAUGAUACAUUAGAAUUGCAGACCUGUCCCCAUUAACUGCACCAUGACCGCUGUCUGAACAAGGUGACAGAAGAAUACAUAGAGAGACACACACACACACACACACACACACACACACACACAUACACACAUGCAUACAAACAGUGACGAAAUACUGUAUCCUGAAAUUAAUGAAUCCCUUGUCUGACCGGUCUUCUUCAGGUAGCGAUGUCCUGGAGUGACAUCCCCUCUCUCUCUCUCUCUCUCUCUCUCUCUCUCUCUCUCUCUCUCUCUCCUUCUUUCUCUGCUCCAUUCUGUCUCUCUGUAUCUUCAUGCCCAUAUAUACUUGCGUUUUAGUCGUGUCAAAUGCAAAACUACGGCAAGCGAG